GAGGUCGUGGGGCGGGUAAGGUUGAGGAGUGGAAGAGAACAAACCUAUUUUGUUUUAGACACAGCAAAUUCAAAAGAGAGAUAAUGUUCUUUCUUCUAUUCCCCUCCUUUCAGACAAAGGUGGUCGAGGAGAGCUUUGAUCUCUGAGACCAUCAUCCUGAAAAGGGCAUCAAGAAAAAAUCAAAAUUCUUUACCUAUUUGUGCCCAUUUUGAGUGCCCAACCGCAGAUUUCAUUCCCCUCACGUCGUAAUUUUUUAAUACCAUCGUCAACCUUUGGGAACCUCUGCAUUUUUUGCUUCAAGACGCAUUUUUACACAGAUUAAGGAAUCCAAAUCACCAUUUUUACACAAAAUUCAAGAAUUCAUUGUGUCGUCAUUGGUUGCUCUAUCGCCUUUCUUUCUUUUGGCUAAAGGUGGAAUCUUGGAGGAUAAUAUAGUCCAUUAAGCCCGAUUAUGCAGUUGGUGAAAACGGCUUUGUAGCCAUAAUAAGAUCUGGUCGAAGAUGAGGGACCCCGAUUUUGUUAAGAGAUUCAUGAGGGCUAAUGUAGAUUCUUUUACUUUCUCUUUAGUUUGCGCCUAGUUGUGUAGCUAGAAUUUUUGUGCUUACAGUUUUCCUUGGUCUGGGGUAAGAGCUGAAGAUAUUGUUGGGUUUGUUGUUCUAUUGGUGUUUUUGUCGUUUUCCCCGUCUUUUUCUUUUCGAGUAAUUCGAUAUUGCUCGGAGGUUAAUUCACACCAAAAAAGCUGGCGAUUUUAUUCAUUAAAUUGUAUUUGGUCUUGGCCGUUGGCACGAACUGCAACGGAUGGGGAAUAGUCGGACCAUUAGCGUGACUUUCGUGCUUCUGAUUUUGGUUCUUGAAAUUCAUGGAUGCUGGUCGAUCAAUUCCGAAGGAUUGGCUCUGUUACGAUUUCAAGCAACUGUGGCCUUUGACCCGUAUGGAGCAUUAGCUGAUUGGGUUCCUGAUGAUUGUGAUCCGUGCUUGUGGUCGGGCGUUGAAUGUCUCGAUAGUAAAGUGGUUAUGUUGAAUCUAACUGGGCGUGGUUUGGAGGGAGCAUUGGCACCCGAUCUUGCGAAUCUCUCUCAUUUAAGAGUUCUUGACCUAUCCAAGAACUGUCUUUCGGGGACGAUUCCUCCACAGUUUGGGCAGCUCACAAAACUCGAAGUGUUGGACUUGAGGGAUAACGACUUGAGUGGAAGAAUUCCGGCAGAUUUAGGAGAAUUGAAAUCCCUAAGCCACUUGUUGCUCUGUAAUAAUAGAUUUGAGGGACGCAUUCCUGUGGAGAUUGAGAAGCUCGGUUUGCUGAAGGAGACUCAGUUUGAUGAUAUCCUCACAACUGCUGCUGGAAAUGACAAUCACGCUGGUGAUAAUCAUAGCUGUACUAAUCCUAAUCUCACUGAUUCACCUAAGCCUCCCGAGGUAAAAAAUAACGUUCGACGUGUUCUAGCUGAACAGUCGAGUAAUCUCAUUGCUUUGCCUCCCGAUUUUGAGUCCCCACCUCCAUUGGAAAGUGGGGCCUCUCUCCCGAGCAGAAGUAGUGGCUCGUUUCCAGCUGUACCGAACGCGGAGAAAUUAUCUCCCCCUCCUCACCCCACACCACCUUUCGGUGAGGAGAACACAACGCCUCAUGCUAUCAUCAGCCAAACAAAUGAUGCCAAGGAGGGGCAAUCUGGGAAUUCGGGGCACUCAACAAAGGUCAUAAUAGGAAUAUCGUGCGUUGUUUUCUUGCUUGUUUUCCCGCUAGUUUUGUUUGCCGUCUUCAGAAGCAGAGCAGCUAGGACGAUCAGACCUUGGAAGUCGGGUUUGAGUGGGCAGUUGCAAAAGGCCUUUAUUACGGGAGUUCCCAAGUUAAACAGGGCCGAGCUAGAAACCGCGUGUGAGGAUUUCAGUAAUAUUAUAAGGGUCUAUGAUGGUGUGUCCACUCUAUACAAGGGCACUCUAUCCAGUGGAGUUGAGAUUGCAGUUGUCUCGACUGCUGUAGGCUCCAUAAAUGAAUGGUCUAAACGUGCCGAAUUAGCUUUCAGGAAGAAGAUUGAUUGUUUGUCUCGUGUGAAUCACAAGAACUUUGUAAACCUCAUCGGUUAUUGUGAGGAAGACGAGCCUUUCACUCGGAUGAUGGUUUUCGAAUAUGCUCCCAACGGCACUCUCUUCGAGCACCUGCAUGACUUAGAGCACCUCGACUGGAAUGCAAGGACGAGGAUUAUGAUGGGGGCCGCUUACUGCCUUCAAUAUAUGCACGAGCUAAAUCCACCGGUGGCCCACAUCAACUUAACUUCCAAAGAAAUAUACUUAACCGAUGACUAUGCUGCUAAAAUUGCUGAUGUUGGUUUCUGGCUGGAACUCAUGGUCAAAUCCAAGAAUAAGGGAGAAAGCGAGUCGGACCAUUCAGAACUACCUCCACUUGCUGACGUGGAAACAAAUGUUCACAGUUUCGGGAUUCUUUUGCUGGAAAUAAUUUCCGGGAUGCUCCCUCACUCGGCCGAGAAUGGCAAUCUCGCAAACUGGGCUGCUGAGUAUUUGUACGACAAGACCAUUAGCAAGAUGGUGGACCCCACGUUAAAGUCGUUCAAUGAAAAGGAGCUCGAGGUCGUGUGUGAAGUAAUCAAAUGUUGCAUCUACCAAGAACCGAGAAAAAGACCGUCCAUGAAAGAAAUCAUACAGAAAUUGAGGGAAGCCAUUGAUGUCUCGCCUGAGGCAGCAACUCCGAAGCUCUCCCCUCUUUGGUGGGCCGAGCUCGAAAUUUUAUCUGCAGAGGCGGCUUGAAUCUUGAUCGAUUGUUUGUCUAUAAAUCGAGCGCGCGCGUGUGUAUGCAAAUGUAAGUUCAGUUUACCGUCUCUUGGUCGCCGUGUGUAUUGCUCGGAAAGAAUUUUAACUUUUUUUUUUAAAUUUUUUUAUUUUUUAUUUUUGGUUAGGAUGUUACUCUUAGAGUUCCUUAUGAUUUGAUUCGUUCAUUAUUUUGUCGUAUGGUUUGUGUCUGUGUGUAUGUGUUUCUGAUGCAAUGUAAGUGAAAAAUAUGAAGACAGAUUUGUGUUUUGGGACAAGGAUUGUUUGUGAUAGAUAAGAGGGCGUUUGUUUAUAAAAUUAUUCAAUUCUUACUCAAUUUAUACUCAAAA